AUGAGGAGGAAAAAGACUCGAGCACUCGGAAUUCCCAGGAUUGAUCUGUCGCUGCUGCCUCUGGACAGGUCUAAGCUGUCCAAAUUAAUAGUCGAGGCUUGUGAAGAGUUUGGCUUCUUCACCGUCGCCAACCACGGGAUUCCCAAUCAUAUAAUCGCAAGGAUGGAAAGGGAAGGCGUCGAGUUUUUUGCUAAGCCCGCGUCGGAGAAGCAGAGAGCCGGACCUCCUACCCCGUUCGGUUACGGUUGCAAGAAUAUUGGAUUCAACGGGGACAAGGGUGAACUCGAGUAUAUUCUCAUGGAGGCCAAUCCUGCUUCCGUCCGCCAAAGAUCCAACACCAUUGCCGAUCACCCUAAACACUUCAGCUGUGCAGUGAAUGAAUACAUAGGAGCAGUGAGGAAGCUGGCAUGUGAGAUCCUGGAAUUAGCGGCGGAAGGGCUGUGGGUCCCCGACAAGUCCGUAUUCAGUAAACUCAUCCAAGAUGUCAACAGCGACUCCUGCUUCCGGAUCAAUCACUAUCCUCCAAGUACAACCACCACCACCACCACCACCAGUACUAGUCCCUUCUCAAACUCAAAGUCUCCCAAUUCUCCUCCUCCUCGCGUUGGAUUCGGAGAGCACUCUGACCCCCAGAUUUUGACCAUCUUGAGAUCUAACGACGUUCCAGGCCUCCAGAUUUGCUGCACCCCUGCUAAUGAUGACGAUGAUGACGAUGAUGAUGAGGAUGAAGGCCUCUGGAUUUCGGUUCCCCCUGACCCCUCCCAGUUCUGCGUUUUCGUAGGCGAUGCUUUCCAGGCCCUGACCAAUGGAAGGUUUAGGAGCGUCAGGCAUCGGGUUCUGGCAAACUCGGCUAAACCCAGAAUGUCCACCAUCUUUUUCGGUGCCCCGCCCCUGAAUGCCUGCAUUUCUCCUCUUCCCCACCUCGUUUCCCACCAUAGCCCCAACCUGUAUAGGCCUUUCACGUGGGGAGAAUUCAAGAAAGCUGUGUAUUCCACCCGUUUGGCGGAUCACCGGCUUGAUCUAUUCAAGUGCCCUUAA